UCAACCUUGAGGACCUAUCUUCAGUCGUUCGCUGCAUUUCAGCUUUUGACUCGGCGAGAGAGAGGGGGGACAUCACGGCUGACAAAUUGGAGAGAGAAGCUCGCUCAUAUUUUUUACUCGGAGACAGCUGGGUGUGCCUGUGGUGAGCGGAGAGAGGGGGACAGAGCGACUACAAAGGAGGGAGACACAGGGCCUGACUGAUUGGAGAGAGAUGGGAGCUACGGGUUUGGACUGAGUGUGAGAGAUAUUUAGGUAGGUGCUCUGCCAGGAUCUAUAGGAUUUUCCCCCAUUUUAGAGAGAGAGAGAUGGACAGGAAGAGAUACAGAGCGGAAAGCAUGGGUGUGUGUAUUCUUUGGGUCUUCCGAAAACGCUAGAAACCUAAAACAUUCUUAGCUGCUCUGCAACGGGUUGGCGACUUCGAUCAUGCGUCCUACAGUCCGCAUCAAUCUCUUCCAUCUCUGCUUCGUGAUCCCUUCGAUCCCUGCUUCCUCAUCUUUUCGAUCUCUGCUUCACGAUCUUCUCGCCCCCUCAUCCUGCACCCAAUUUCUCUAGCGUUCAAGAGAAAUCUUAUUUCUGGUAUCUGAUUUGUGGAGGGUUUUUUAUCCUUUUAAACGUGGGUUGUGGGUGUUUUGUCCAGGGAGCAAAAUUGAUCUGCGAGGCAAUCAUGGUUGGAUUUCAUGGCAUUCAUGAAAGACUCGGUCAGGCUUUAGAAGGUUUGCCUGAUGAGCUUUGCCCAUCAGAUGAAGUUGAGGAACAGAGUACUUCUUAUCAAAUUGGUCGCACGGACCACUACAAGGAAGACAUCUUCCAAACCCUCUACAUAGCAUCGAGAUUAUUGCCCCUUCGACUCCUCUCCCACUGCUUCAAGCCAAAACCAAACCCAGCUCCAGCCUCCAGUCCUCUACAAAUCAAACCUCACAAAAAUCUGAUAUUGAAGGUGAUAAGUAGCUGGUUUUAGCUUCUAAGGUAGACACUUAAAGAAGGAGCAAAGAUGAAUGCAUUAGUGGCAACGAACAGAAACUUUAAGUUUGCUACUCGGCUUUUGGGAUUGGACUUCAAGCUUGAGAAAAGUUUACUUAUACCAUUUAGGGAAAUCAAGGUUGAGUGUACUAUGCCAAAAGACGAUGGCAGUUUGGCUUCAUUUGUUGGCUUCAGGGUUCAACAUGACAAUGCUAGAGGCCCUAUGAAGGGAGGAAUCAGAUAUCACCCAGGGGUUGAUCCAGAUGAGGUGAAUGCUUUGGCGCAGCUGAUGACAUGGAAGACGGCGGUAGCCAACAUCCCAUACGGGGGUGCCAAAGGGGGUAUAGGAUGUAAUCCAGGGGAGUUGAGUCUUUCCAAACUUGAGCAACUCACCAGAGUUUUCACACAAAAGAUGCACGAUCUUAUCGGAAUCCACACCGAUGUUCCAACACCAGAUAUGGGGAUAGGUCCACAGACCAUGGCAUGGAUACUAGACGAAUACUCAAAGUUUCAUGGCUACUCACCUGCAGUAGUGACUAGAAAACCUAUUGCAAGAAGCCUGAUUAUGGGAGGAAGAAUACACUUCAUUGCCAUCUUUAGGUUUAUAUUUCCCACUUGGAAGUAUCUGGGAAAAGAAAAGGGGAAGGAAACAAGAGCCAAAAUCAAAACAAAGUGAAAGCUUUUGACUGAAUUUUGCAACCGCUACUUUGCUGCUUUGGAACCCUGAUUCUGGGAGGAACAAUACGCUUCAUUGCCUUCUUUAGUUUAGAUCAAGGUCUUAUUGCAACGUUGUGAUCUGCUCUUCUUGCUGCCUUUAUCUAGGAAUCCGCACCUAUUGCAUUUGAAUCAAGGCUUUGGUUAAUAAAAUGGUGAAAGAGAUUGAUCGAAGCGAACAACAAAUUCUAGAAGGUGAUUUGGUAAAAAAAUUUAAGGGAACUGAUUAAGGCUCGAAACGAUAAAAAGUAUGAAGGAACGAUAGUGAAAUAUUUCGAUACUGCCCCAGGAUCCAGUACAAAGAAAUCAGUGAAAAUAAAAAAAACAAGGUUCGGUUUGCGCGUUUAUGGUAAGGGCCCAAACUGAAACAAAUUGGUGGUGCACACUCUCUACUCACCUUAUAUAUCCCUUUGUCAUUCAUUAUUAUGUUGAAUUUAUUUAGAUAAAUGUUUCUUAUUCAUCCAAUUACGAUUAAUACAAUGAUUUCCCACAGCA